AUGGCAUCAUUACUCCCCUUUAUUGGGUGGGCCAUUCUCCCAAAUUACGCAACAAACAUCCUGCAAACCGUCUACUAUGGCAUCACCAUUCGAGCAGGCGAACCUCGCCCCAUGCCCCAAACCCCGCGGUAUGAGCGUCAUCGCCGUCGGAUCUUCAUCUUCGUGAUCGUCACCUACCUUCUCUACACCCUUUACGAGACCUUCCACCAGGUCCAAUUAGCAGGGGACUAUUACCAGGUCCUAGGCGUAUCCCCCUUCGCCGAUGAGCGCAUAAUCAAGUCCCGGUUCCGCCGGCUCGCAGCGCAGCACCACCCAGAUAAAUCCGGCAUGGAGGCCGGAUCAGACGCCUACUUCAUGUUCCUGCGCCGAGCUCAGGAGACCCUCGUGGACCCCAUGAAGCGCUUCGCAUACGACCGCUUCGGUCCCGACAUGCAUGGCUGGGGAGACCAGAAAACAAUGCGCGACUUCGUGAUGCACUCUUUAGUCAAGUCCGUCCUACCCCAAUAUGUGGGCGGAUUCAUGACGAUGAUAGUAUUGAACUGGCUCUGGUGGCCGAAUUGGGGUCGCUACUGGCGUUUCUAUACCUUUGCCGCACUGCUCACCCUCGAACUUACCAUGAUCACCCAAAACCAAACUGUCUUCAUGCCAACAACCUACCUCCCUGAUAUGAUCCAAUCCCUUCUCCCCGAAAACACCUUCUACCUUCUCCCAUUCCAGAUCCUCACACUUGCCCGACGCGCGUCUAUCACCCUCCACAUCUUCAUUUCCCAGGCCGCUCCGCCGGGCAGUAAGAAUGCCGAAAGUGGUGGUGACAAGAUCUCCCCGCAAACCAUGCAGCGAAUGGGUCAACUUGUGACAGCGACUAGGGCGGCGGAUGCCGAGGCCACUCGUCUGCUACAGCUGGGAUUGGCGCCGUAUCGCGGGGAUCGGGAGAGUGUGUCUGCGUUGAGGAGGGGUAUGAAAGAAGGGUUGAUUCUUGGGGGUGUUAGGUCUGGUCCUGAAGUCCAGCGUGCUGUCGCGCAGGUCGUAGAACGACGAAAGGCGGAGGGGACGACCGAGUAA